AUGCCCAAGUUGUCGUAUAAGUGGUGCUCCUGUGAGAGCUACAGAUGUAGGGAUAAUCCUGACGCAAGUGGUCAGAAACUACAGACCGUUCAGACAGCUGCAAGACACCAUGCUGCUGAUCAGCAGCUCCGCGAUGCUCGUACCAUUGAACCAGUCGCUUCUGGGCCUCACUCACCUGCACAUGAGCCUUUUGGAGCCAACGAACCAUUCGCGCAUGGUGAUGAUGAUGGGGAAGGGAUCUUCGACCCUCCUGAGCCGCUAGACAACCUCUUCGAGAUGUGGAAUGAACCCCCAGAUGUUCGAGGCCCAAAUGACUUCAGCACUGACGAAGAUGAAGAAAUUUUUCAGCGACUUGGACGAGCCAACACACCAGAGGAUGACACGGAAGAUCCUGCAGUUCCCGAUGAUGAUCCUGACAUUGAUGUCGAGGAUGAUGAGGCUGCUGCUGCUAUUGAUCUCUUUGUAUCGCAGGGCACCCAGUUUGAUUUCUCGGAUGUCCUAGAAGGAGCGGAUAUUCACGCUGACCCUCCGUCAUGCAUGGACGACCAUCCGGCAGUCCGCCACGCAUACAUACAUGCAUUUAUAUCUGCAGCAUUCUAUAAUGCUACCCACGCAGCAGUGUAUCACGAUCUUGAAGGAAAGGAGCGCCUUCUGCGCACUGCUCAACAGGCCAACCCUGAUAUUGAGUAUCCAGGGCUCGAUAACUUUGCCCGCACACUCCCCACCCUCCUCAGACGACUUGAGCUUCCUGAGCUACAUUCUCCUGAUUGCACUAAUCCUGAUUGUGACGGAUUGUUGUACACCUCGAAACGACUGGCUGACGGCACCCUCAAACGAACUCCAACAAAAAUCGUCCCAUAUGUACCUCCUGAACGGGCUCUACAGCGAUUUCUUCUACGACCAGGCAAAUGGGACCAAUUCCAGCACUGGCGCGGCCCUGAAGACCAGCCAGGUCAUGUCCCGCCUAUUCCUGGUCAUGGAUACAAUUCAUUUCCCGACCCGUCUAAGCCAAUGACUCGGGUGCUCGACAGCAUGUGAAAGGGAUUGGUGCUGGUCAGACGUGUAGACAAGGCAUCAAAUGGACUCUUGAUGAUCGCAGCACUCGCUAAUUUGGAUGGGAUCGUUUGAUUUGUAGCAGGA